AUGGCUAAAAAAAAAGGUUCAUUAGGUGAACAAUUAACUGAAAAAUUUAGUGAAAUUGAUCUAUACUCUAUUUUAAAAAUAAACAAAAAUGCAACUGAAGCAGAAAUUCGGUCAGCAUAUCGUAAACAAGCUUUAUUGAAUCAUCCAGAUAAAAAACCAGAAUCGGAACGAGAAAAGGCACAUACUGAGUUUGAAAGAAUUGCAUUUGCAUAUGGGAUUUUAAGUGACGAAAAAAGACGUAAAAUAUAUGAUACAACUGGAAGAACGGAUGAAAUUAUAAGCGAUAUAGAUUGGUCUGAAUGGAUAAAAGAUCUUUACAAUAGCUCAGAAGAAGAACGACAAGAUUUGUAUCAAGCUUACGAACAAUUUAAGGGAUCCAUGACGGACAUAUUUUCAUAUGUUUUAUGCAGUAAUGUGCUUUCCGAUGAAGAGAGAUUUCGUGCAAUGAUUGAUGAAGGUAUUAAACGCAAAGAACUUAAAAAAUAUAAAAAUUAUACACAAGAAACAUUUUCUCAAAGGCUUAAAAGACGAAAGAAAGCAGAAAAAGAGGCAGAAGAAGCAGAGCAGCUUACUAAAGAGCUUGGUUUAGACAAAACCUUAAAAAAAAUAAAAACAGAAGAUGAUCUUCAAGCAUUGAUAAAACAAAGACAAUCAACACGUAUGGAAACUUUGAUAAAUAGUUUAGAAACAAAAUAUGGGAGUUCUAAAAAAAAGACUUCAAAAAAAAAUUAA